AAGUGGAACUAUGGAUUCUUAAAAAUAGUGGUUAGGCUGUUAUUGUUUUGUUUUAGUUCAAUUGCUUAUUUAGGUAUUUGUUUUAGCCAACAGUCGUUGAUGUUAUAUUUGUUUUUAGUAAAGUGCAGUGUUUAUGGUUCUGUAAGGUGAAGAUAUUGCCAGGCCUAUCAAGAAGUCUGUCUUUGGAAAAUACUGAGAGUAAUCUGUAAGAAAAUUUUCAACAUGGGAGAUGAACAGGACGUGUUUCUUUCUCCCGAAGUGCCGAACACUCAAUUAGUGUGUUCAGAAAACACUCCUGUUGAUACUCUGGAUGAUUAUGAUGAUGAUGAAUCCAUGUGGGGGUGGCUUUACCCGACACAAAACAUCAGUUUUAAACCUCUGGCCAUGCAGAAGGACGAAUAUACGUUUGGUAGGUCUCCCAAAUGUGAUGUGGUCUUCAAUGAUGGAUGUGUCUGUGAUAACCUUCUGCAGGUGAUAAGUAAAAACCACUUUAAAAUAUUCAAAGAAACUCUAUCGGGAAUCGAAGCAAUUCAUCUGAUGGAUCUAAGUAUGAAUGGUACAUUCGUGAACAAUAAUAAAAUUGGGAAAGGAAACAAGGUGAUUUUGAAAAACAAAGAUGAAAUUGCUUUGGCAAACCUUCACAACAAAGUAUAUGUUUUUAUAGACACGUCAUUUAACAAACAUUGGAUUCCACCUGAAAUGAAGGAGAUUUACACGGUGAUUGGUCCAUUAGGCAGUGGAGCGUACGGAGAGGUGAAACUCGCCCAGAACAAGAUAAAUGAAAAAUAUGUUGCUAUAAAGAAAAUACAGAAGCGAGAGGGAAAAGAGGGAAAGACUUACAAUGAAGUUAGGAUACUGCAAAACUUGAAACAUCCAUGUGUGGUGACGAUGGAGGACGUGUUUGACACGAGCGAUUCCUUGUACAUCGUCAUGGAGUACGUCAGUGGUGGGGAGCUGGCCAAGAGGAUCAGAGAGGUUACAAGACUGAGUGAUGGGGAGGCCAAAUGUAUAUUCUACCAGUUGGUGUUGGCCUUGCAAUAUCUUCACCUGAAGAGGGUGGCUCAUAGGGACCUCAAGCCGGAAAAUGUUCUGCUGAUGAGUAAGAACCAGAAGUGCAACGAACGGCUAGUGAAAGUCAGUGACUUUGGACUGAGCAAGUUAAUAGACACCAAUACAGACCUGAAGACGAUGUGUGGGACGCCCGUCUACACGGCACCUGAGAUAUUGAUGACACAAGGAACUGGGUUCUACACACAUCAGGUUGAUGUCUGGAGUCUGGGUGUCAUGCUGUUUUUGUGCUUGAGUGGCAAGUUACCGUUCAGUAAGGAUCGAAGCCCUCUUCCUGUGGUGGAGCAGAUCGUACGAGUCAGUUACUCCAUGUCUGGACCCGAGUGGCGAGGUGUCUCUCCCCAGGCCGCCAGCCUCAUCAGGCGAAUGCUCAAGGCUGACCCUAACCAGAGGAUUACCAUAGAGCAAAUCCUGGCUCACCCCUGGCUACAGGAUAAAGCUAUGAAAUCAAAAGUGGAUCUGUUAAUGAAGGACAAUGCACCGUGUGGUGACGAGAACUUGUACCUCGAGCUCCAAGCCUCUACAUUGAGGCCAGCCAAACGUAGAAGGCUGGGAGAUGAUGAUACAGUAUUGAAAUCCUAGUACCUGCCUCUCCUGUGAUAUUAACUAGUACCUCAUUGAAGCUACAGCUGCCGUUAUUGUUUUAAGGACGACAUAAUACUUAAAGUAUUGUUAAGUUUUCAUGUAUACAUUUCAGCAGAGAAAAUAAUUUAACACUUCAUUAGAAUCUGUUAUUUCCUUGUAUUUGUCUUCUUGCUUUCUCUGUAUGAAACAAGUUAACGGAUAAGUUUCUACGGAUAAAUAAUAGUAAUAACUAUAAUAUUUUUUGGUGCUUGCUUUAACUACAAAAUUUUAAGGUGCAAUGAGUGUUGAAAGCAAUGUUUGCCGUAAUUCUCAGUAAAUAUUAAGAUUUUACUUAAGAAACAUUGAAUUUUCAGUCAAUGAAAAACCAGUAAAUAUUUUCUUAUUUUUAUUUCAUAAGUGGAAACUAUACAGGGUGCAGUGACAAGUAUUAAGAAAAUAAUUGUGUUAUAAUACUUGGUGCUGGCUACUAAAUGGUGUAUGUAUAUUUAGGGGGCCAUGCUCUAACCGUAAAAUAAUCAAAAGUAGUUUAAGCACCGAUAUUUUAUUUAGUAAAAUACGGGACUUAUUGUAGUAAAAUAAACAUUUUCAAGUUAUAGCACUAUUUUUUAUUACUUUAGCGUAAUUUUAAAAAUUUAUAAUAAAGAAUAAGUAAACCUGUUUGAAUUUAACUCUUCGCUAUUGGCAAAAUAUCUGGCUCGGGAUAACAUCAUAUUUGAGUUAGAAACAUGUUGUCUAACAGUGUGCAACAAACAAUUUGUUUACAAUUUUAUACAAAAAAAGACAUGCUGAUAUAAAACUGUAGUUUCUAAUGCACAAAACAAAUUUUUCUUAAAAAUAAUCAUUUAAUCCAUGGUUUGAGUUUAUAUUUUCGUAAUUGCUUUAUAUUACCU